AUGGUUGUUGGAUUAGAUAUAUCUCCAUAUCAACCAACUACGAUAAAACCUAACAACUUUGAAUUCGUCAAGGGAAAUGUUCAAGAAAGAUUACCAUUUGAUGAUAAUACUUUUGAUUUUGUAUUCCAACGAUUUUUAGUAUUUGGUCUUAUCAAAGAUAAAUGUCCAGACGUAAUGAAUGAGUUAGUCAGAGUUUUAAAACCCGGCGGAUUUUUAGAGUUAUGUGAGCCUUCUAAUGUAUUUGAUGCAGGACCAGUUACUAGACGUUUAUGGGAUUGUGGUGUGUAUCUUGCUGUUAUAAUAACUGUUAUAAUAAUAGCCUUAUUCGUUUAUUUACAUAAUGUUAUAUUCAAUUAUCAUGAAGAAUACGAAAUAUUAGAAGAACUUGGCAGUGAUUUCAAUUUAUGUCAAAAGUUAGAAGCAUAUUGUCAAAACCAAGGUUAUUUAGAAAAUAUUAAAAAAGAAGUUAAACGAGUCUAUUACGGUCCAGUCUAUAAUAAUGCCGAACUUAGCAAAGCGAUUCUCAAUAAUAUAAUUUCUGUGUAUGCUUCUCUUAAACCUAUUUUAACAAAGAAAAUGCAAAUUUCUGAUGAAGAAUACGAUGAGUUAACUAAAACUUCCGUAAAAGAAGUAGUGGAGCAUAAUUCUUAUUUUCAAAUAGUUCGUGUUUAUGCAACCAAAGUUAUUCAUGAAUAA